UGUGUCACAGACCUCAACUGUCAUUAAAAAUAAUCAAAACAAAAAUUUUAGAAACCAAAGAAACUUAGAUUUUAAUUAAAAAAUGAGAUAAUUUUCGCAAUUUGAACAAAAAAUGACAAAUAUGAAAGACUGGGGAACGCCAUUGAUGGCUGGAGGAGUCGCAGGAGUUGCUGUCGAUAUCGCUCUCUUCCCAAUUGACACUGUAAAAACGCGUCUUCAGAGCGAACGAGGCUUUUGGCGAUCUGGCGGCUUCAAAGGAGUCUAUCGCGGAUUAGCUCCUGCUGCUGUAGGAAGUGCUCCAACAGCGGCAUUGUUCUUUUUCACAUACGAAACGAUCAAAACACGUCUCGGUAGCAAAGAUUCUCCAUUUGUUCAUAUGACAGCAGCUUCUGUAGCGGAAGUUGUUGCCUGUUUGAUACGAGUUCCCGUAGAAAUUGCCAAACAACGUCGGCAGUCAUCCCUAUCGACAUACGAUCGUUCUGCGGCCCGCAUUUUACUUGAAGCCUUUCGAACGGAAGGCAUUCGUGGCAUUUAUCGCGGGUUUGGAACAACAAUCUUGCGUGAAAUUCCCUUUUCGCUCAUCCAAUUCCCGUUAUGGGAGUAUUUCAAAGCGAAUUGGAAAGAAACAACGGGAUUGUCAUUGACUCCGGUGUACGUUUCGCUUUGCGGAGCGAUUGCAGGCGGCAUUGCUGCUGGAUUAACGACUCCAUUAGAUGUGGCAAAGACACGGAUCAUGUUGGCAGAACAAAAUUCAACAGCUACGAGGAAAAGUGUUGGUCAAAUAUUGCUCGGGAUUUAUCGUGAAAGAGGAAUUCGUGGAGUUUUCGCGGGAUUUGUGCCACGCGUGCUUUGGAUAACAAUCGGCGGAGCUGUUUUCUUCGGAUUUUACGAUCUGACAACGCAGAUUUUGUCGCCCAGUGAAACAGAAAGAUGAAUUUCAUGUUUUUUUGUAUUUCAUUUUAACGAGAGUAGUUAACAUUUUUGUUUAGUGUCAUUAGCUUUGUGAUUCCUUAAAAAUUAGAUUAUUGACAUUGUUAUGUACAAAGAGA